UUCUAUUUAUCUAUCUAUCUAAUUGUAUUUCUGUUCGGUGUUUACUUCAGCCUUUUUUUCUUUUGGUUUUUUUUUCUCAAUUCCAGGCUGUAUACCUUACACAUUUUUUCGUGUGAUUAUUGAAACGAAUCGAAGAUGCCUGACUCUGGGAUCACUCUGGAUCAAACAAUCUGCCAUUCCGAGGUUUUUCUCCCCAUCUCUGUUGCCAUGGUAACACAUCGUCUCUUUUGAACUGUUACUCAACAAGGUUACCGUCUCGGGCUCCAGUUCACGUGAAGAGCACAAAGUGGACAUUAAACCGAGCCGGAAAUGGACAACGAGUUUUGAGCCAAACUCCUGCGGGUCACUGAGAAACAAAUUUUAAUGAAAAAAGUUUUCUGUGCAGAGAUCCCUUGAUUAUGUCACAGGCCUCUCGUGUUUAUAAUCAGUUACCGUGAUGAAAACAAUAGUUUUGUCAACAGCAACUUGUGACCCUGGAAGCGAAUAAAGAUUUUCUAUUUUGGUGUUGCUCAAUCGGUGUUUUGGGUAGUUUGGAUUUCGUUCAAGAAUGUGUUGGUUUAUAAGAGUUUUUUUCUUUCCAUUUUUUCCAAGCAGAUCAUGGAAAGUACAUGUUAAAACUUUUGCGAAGUCUGUUGAUCAACUGAAAGCCAUACUUGGUUUGUUCUGACUAUACUAUUAUACAGAAUAGCGAAAAUUGGUAUGAUUGCACAUAACCUUCUCUUCAUUUUCAUUUUAUAUUUUCCUGUUUGAAAAAAAAGAGUAAAUUCAGAAAGUAAUGAUACAGGUUAAGGAUGACGGUGAGCUCUUCUUUUUUUUGCUUGAUCUGGUGCUCUAAUGCGACUAAUUAAGGAACUGAUGGUAUUUACGACAAAAUACUUGAUAUAUCUGGUAUUUCAGUGAAAAUUUGCAACGUGCGGUCAUUUUAGAUAUCAGACGCUCAAAAAUGAAUCGAAAGACGCAGAGGCAAAAGUUAAGUUACACCUUCACUGAUCAAACUUUCACCAGUCACAAUUAGUUAGUAACACUACCGAUAACACGAUGACCAAGUUCUGGAGUAUCGAAUUGAUUAAAAGCCACGUGAGCAUGUAGGUGACCGGCCAGUGACCGGCAUUAUGUAACCACCUCUGGUAGACCAGACAGAAAAAAAACUUUUGCCUCAGUGAUAAAAUAAGAGACGGCGCCAAUUAAGUAUACGUAGCACUCACUUUCUUUCUUUUACCAAAACUAAUGAAAAACUUAAUUUCAUCUCACACGAUCCCUCAAAAACUUUCUACAAAAUGGGGGAUAGCUGAAAGCAAUGCUUACAGUAAUCAAAAAUAAUAGAAAUAUACGAAAGUCUGGGUGUCUAUGGUUGACUCUCUUUUGUUUGGGGAUAAGGGUAAAAAGUCCAAAUUAAAACCUACAGGUCAUCAAAAUUUAAAUACAAUGAAUGACAGCCUUGACCACUCACUCUUUCCGUGGGCUGGAAUUGCUCGUUCGUUAAUUGACCCAGUUAAAGGAAAAAACAGCGCCCUGGCCAUUGGUCAGUUUGCCAAUAUAAAUAGAUCGUCUGCCAGGGAUUGGAAGCAGAUCUUGCGUAGAAAGAGGUCACUUACACUUCAACCAGUUGACCAGACAGACAUCAUUCGGCAACAAAAUGAAUCUUAGCGUCAGUUUUUCUGUGUCAGUGGUUUGCGUCGUCUUGGCCGUAAUUGAAGCCGGGAGCCUCUUGGGUAAGGAGAGAAGGCUUUUUGACUCACAGGCCGAAGACUAUGCGUUCGGAGAGCGUGCGCCCGGUGCAGCAAUGCAAAAGCGCAGUGUCCGAUGCCCUCGUCUCCGCGGUCCGCGCAAGUUCAUCGACAGCAUGUUCUUGGUUGCUGAUAGAGACCAGGACGGCUAUCUAGAUGACGCCGAGUACGACAACCUCUUCGACGAGUUUGAUAAUGAUCACAACUCUGACGUCACUCUGGACGAGUACGUUGACCGCCUGGUUGAUGUCCACCACGGUCAGCGUUCCAAAGCUGCCCUCUUGUUCCGCAUGGGCGACUUCAACCAGAACCAGAGGCUGGACCUGGAGGACAAGCGUGUGGUCAAGCAGCGGCUUGAUGAAAAUGGUCAGUAA